CGACCAAAAUUUGAAGUCUUCAAAAUGAUCCGUGUAGCUCGUUUUGCCGCCUUGAGGCUGCUACGCCUUCACGAAUAUCUGAUCCAAAGUUAUCUCCGAAUUUUGACCUUCAGCACAGUGCUUGCCAUCGUAACCGGUGUAAUCCACUGGAUCACCGUGCAUCACCCGAAAUUCUUCGUGCAACUAAACGAAAACGUGCAGGAGUUCCCCUUCGGUGUCACCUUCGGAAUUCUCACGGUCAUCCUCAUCAGCACCCUGCUCCUAUACGCACUCCACCUAGAAUCGGUGGAAAAGUCGCACAUCCGGUCCCGCCACGCCAUCCGCUCCCGGUAUGUGGACUUUAUCCUGCUGUGUCUGUGUACUCAGAUGAACGACGCCACCGAGCGGUACCUCAGCCAGGGGGGUGCCACCGCCGCCGUUUCCCGAGACAAACUGGACGCCAUGCAUGCCGAAAUAGAGAACUGUAUCGAACGAUUCCGUGAAAGUGCCCGUAAAUUGCUGAACGGCCCGGCCGCCGGUUGCUCUCUCCAGGAGCUGGAAGAGUACUUCCGUCUCGAUCAGCCCGGAAGUAGCGUCGUUGGGGAGGAGAUUUUCAAAUUGAAAAGAACCUCUAAACCUUUGCUAACGGAACGGGCUAUCAAAGAAUUACUCUACAAAUGAUGAAGCAGUGCACAGACUGUGCAAUCCCCAUACCAGCAUAACUUGAAACUUAUGGAAGAUCAUCAAAUAGAGUAGAGAAA